AUGACAAGAAAAUCACAAGAAGGGAACAAGAAGACCACAAGAAGAUCAUCUAAAGACCACAAGAAGAAGGCCGCAAUGCCAAAAGAAGACCACAAGAAGAUAACGACCAUACUACAAGAAGACCCCAGUAGGCCACAAGAAGACAACAUGAAGGUAACGACCAUACCACAAGAAGACCCCAGUAGGCCACAAGAAGACCCCAGUAGACCACAAGAAGACAACAAGAAGGUAACGACCAUACCACAAGAAGACCCCUGUAGGCCACAAGAAGAUACGCGCAUCAGCUGCACCAACUUCACACUCAUAUAUGCUGCAAAGACGCCAGCUACGCGCAUCAGCUGCACCAACUUCACACACAUCAGCUGCACCAACUACACACACAUCAGCCGUACCAACUACACACGCAUAUAUGCUGCAAACACACCAGAUACGCGCAUCAGCUGCACCAAUUACACACGCAUCAGCUGCACCAUCUACACACGUAUCAGCUGCACCAACUACACACGCAUCAGCUGCACCAUCUACACACGUAUCAGCUGCACCAACAACACACACAUCAGCUGCACCAACUACACACGCAUCAGCUACACCAUCUACACACGCAUCAGCUGCACCAUCUACACACGUAUCAGCUGCACCAACUACACACGCAUCAGCUGCACCAUCUACACACGUAUCAGCUGCACCAACAACACACACAUCAGCUGCACCAACUACACACGCAUCAGCUGCACCAACUGCACACGCAUCAGCUACACCAUGCAAACACACCAGAUACGGGCAUCAGCUGCACCAACUACACACGCAUCAGCUGCACCAUCUACGCACCUACACCAUGCAAACACACCAGAUACGGGCAUCAGCUGCACCAACUACACACACAUUAGCUGCACCAACUACACACGCAUCAGCUGCACCAUCUACACACGCAUCAGCUUCACCAACUACACACGCAUCAGCUGCACCAUCUACACACGCAUCAGCUGCACCAACUACACACACAUCAGCUGCACCAUCUACACACGCAUCAGCUGCACCAACUACACACGCAUCAGCUACACCAUCUACACACGCAUCAGCUGCACCAACUGCACACGUAUCAGCUGCACGAACUACACACGCAUCAGCUGCACCAACUACACACGUAUCAGCUGCACCAUCUACACACGCAUCAGCUGCACCAACUUCACACGCAUCAGCUACACCAUCUACACACGCAUCAGCUGCACCAUCUACACACGUAUCAGCUGCACCAACUACACACGCAUCAGCUGCACCAUCUACACACGCAUCAGCUGCACCAACAACACACACAUCAGCUGCACCAACUACACACGCAUCAGCUGCACCAUCUGCACACGCAUCAGCUACACCAUGCAAACACACCAGAUACGGGCAUCAGCUGCACCAACUACACACACAUUAGCUGCACCAACUACACAAGCAUCAGCUGCACCAUCUACACACACAUCAGCUGCACCAACUACACACACAUCAACUGCACAAACUACACACUCAUAUAUGCUGCAAAGACGCUAG